AUGUCUUGGGGCGAUGUGGAAGAGACCUUGCUGCUGGAGCCUCAGGUGGUUCCGGCCCAAGGCAUUUGUGCCAAUCUUUGCAGCAUUCUGCACAGUUUCUGGCUCUUCCUGCUUCGAAGAAGCGCAGGCGUGGCCGUUGCUUGGCUUCAUGCGAUCGUCUGUCUUGCUGGAUUGCGACAAGGCAGGGCUGUGCGUAGGGAAGCCAGCGCGCUUGAUUGUACGUUUUGUUUGCUUGCGGAAUGGCAGCGAUGUGACCGUGCGCCGCCAGGCUUUGCGAGUGAUGCCCAAGUUGUUGUAGCUUCUGGAAAAGGUGGAGACAGGCGGCCACAAGGAGCCCUAGCAGUGACUCGUGACAUCGAGCGGCGAGUGGUGCAGGCUGGAGGCAACACGCUGGGAGUGCUGGUGGCAUCGCUGUCUUGGACUUCUGCUGACGACCUUGACCUGCACAUGCUUGUGCCAGGUGGCCAAGAAAUCAGCUACAGGCAAAAGACAGCAGACGGUGGUGAAUUGGAUGUUGACAUGUGCGUGCAGGGCAAGCAUGGUGGCAAGUGUGCCGACAGGCCCGUCGAGAAUAUCGUUUUCCAGGAUGAGCCACCUGCAGGGCGCUACAAAAUCUUUGUUCAGAAUUUUAACUACCACUUGAACACCUUGCCCGAGAAUAUGCAGGUGGCCCGCAUGCAGGAGGGGCGCAAGGCUUCGAAAGAAGAGAUGCAGCUUCGCCUGAGCCAAGAUCGGCCCGUGCUGUUUGACCUUUUGGUGAAGGUGCAUGGCAGCAAGAAGUUGUUUGAAGGAUUGUGCACGCCAGCUGGAAAAACCCAUGGGCCCAGCGACGUCACAGUGCUGGAGUUUGACUACGACCCCAGCAAGGAUGAGGAAGAGCGGCUCAGCUCGCGCUUCGAAGCCACUGCAGCUCCGGAAUGCGCGCUCUCAGAGAAGAGCCGUCAGUGGAGCCUAUCUUGGGGGGAGCACACGGGCGUGCGAGGCCAAAGGUAUGCGGAGAGGCUUGCGCUGGCUAGCUCAGAGGCACAUGGACAAGUCGGCCAGGCAUGA